UUUUUUCUUUUUUAAGUUUUGCAUCUGCUUCUUAUUCCAUGGUAAACUAGUAGCUUGUGUCGUGAGCGUCCUUGUGGUGAUUGUUUGAGUCACAUAAACAACGUCUCCAGAAAUAGGGACAUGACUUUGUACAUUUUUCCCUCACCAGAUUUUGCUUUAGCGGGAGCUUGUACAGUAAGUAAUUUUUUUAGAUAAAUCUUAGUAAGAAAGUUAAUCUGUAAGUAAGAUGUGUUACGAUCCCACAUUAGGUAGAUAUAGGCUUGGUCAUGUGAAUACAAGCUUCUUAGAUAUCCUCCAUUUACAAGUUGGUUUUCAAGGAUGAGUUUAACUAAAAGGAGUUUGUUUUAUUUGUAUAGAAUGGAAUUAGAUAGGUUGUGGUUUUGUCUUUUAGCGGGAGUAUCGUGCACCAGUGGAAAUGAGAUGUUCUGAGAUGUUCAUUGACAGUAGGAUGUGUUAUGAUCCCAAAUCAGUUAACAAUAGGUUCGGUCAUAUACAUAAGUGUUUUUGGACACCCACCGUUACAAGUAAAUUUUCGAGAGUGUUCUACCUGAGGGGUUUGUAUCAUUUGUAUGAGAUGAGAUGACUUUGCAGUUUGAAUCACAAAAAGGAUGACCUAGAGCUAGAGGUGUAAGAUACUUGCUAACGCAUGGAAUACUGAUAGUUUAACAAUAAGGUUGGUGGUAUUAAUAUACGUUUCUUUAAUUGUUAGUAAUCAUUUGUUAAGUUUUGAUAUUCAGUGAUCCAUUUGGGUUGUAUGCAAAAAAAUUUGCAGGUCAAUUCAUGCAUUGCUUGGGAUUGGAAUAGCCAUGUGUGCUAUAGCAUGCCUUGGCCACAUUGCUGCAGAUACUGCAAAUGCAUGUUGCCUUUGCUGUUACAUGGUUAUGAUAUUUGUGCUUCUCCUGGUGGAGACUGCAUUCAUGGCAGACAUAUUCCUAAACUCUGAUUGGGAGAAGGACUUGCCUGAAGAUCCAACAGGAAGGUUUGAUGAUUUCAUUGACUUUGUCAAGUCUAAUUUUGACACUUGCAAAUGGAUGGCCUUGCUCACUGUCUUAGCUCAGGGAUGUUCAAUCCUAGUGGCCACUGUUCUAAGAAACCUUGAUGAGAAAGAUAAGAGAAGAAACUAUGACAAUGAUGAUGGUGAUUACAGUACUGUACCUGGGCUUCCAUUUCUGAACCAUCCUAUGCCGGUGCAGCCACUUCCUUAUACUGUUGCCGACUUGCCUUUUCCCUCCAAGACUGAGACUUGGAAGAUGAACAAGUGAACCAAAUUGCACCUAUUACACGUUGCUGAAGAACACAAGCAAAUGAAGUUUCCACUGAUGCCAGCAAUCGAAAAUCUCCCAAGUAAACAUCCAAAAAGUUAUAGAUGGAGUGGAGAUGCACAUGAUGGUGUAAUUGAUGUUAGAAGCUUUGAAGUGGAAAUGGUAUAAGCACUAAAUGUUGUAGGUCUCCUCUCCUUUAGCUAGGUAUUGAUGAGAGUGUAUCUUUGGACAAUCUUGGUUAUUAUUUGUUUGUGAAGGACUUGUUUUAUGGAUCUCUGCUUUAAAUUAAAAAGUACACAAAAUACACAGUUGUGUGGACCGCUUAGGCUACACAGUUGUGUGGACCCCAUUUCAUGCAA